AACGUCUCAUAGUCUUCGUUGUCAUGGUGACGGACAAACGUUAAAUCCGGCUGCAGGAAGAAGCAGGUACCAACAGUUUAACGGAGAGUUUAGCGGGUUUUAUAUCGACAGACACAGAGACCCGAGGCCGCUCAGCAGACCCCCCCCUCACCCUGAGCUCUGAUCCAGACCGGGGACUCGACAAUCCGGCUAAUUACCGUCAUCAUGUGUGAGAGCAGAGCGGUACCGAGCGGGAAGGUGUACCGGCAGCUGUUUGACGCUCAGGUUCAGCUGUCCAGGUCUCUGCUGGCUGGACGCAAAGACACGAGGACAGACUGUUUGUCUGCGGAGGACAGCAACACACACUGCAGCACCACCAGCAGCAGGGGGCAGCGGGUGGAUGAUGAUGACUUUGAUGAUGUCAGCAGACUUCCUGAUACUGUGGUGGUCGAUCAUCCGAGCUCUGACAUCAUCGAACGUCUAACAGAGAAAAAACUUAAAAAACAUACAGAGGCUCUGAAACAGCUGGAUACUGAACUAACAGAACUCACUCAGGUGUGUGAGACUCAGGUGAGGGCCGUCAGUCAGGAGUUGCUGUCCUCUCUGCAGGAGGUGGACCUCAGACUGGACUCACUGAAGGACAGAAUGGAGCAGCUGGAACACCUGGAUCAUGUCAGUCUGCAGGAGGUGUGUGGUCUCUGGGAGCAGGUGGAGGAGGAGGUGAAGCUGAAGAAGAAGAGAAUCAUGGAGCUGAAGCACAAACUGACUGAAUCUGAGACUCAACGAACAAAUGAGAUCAGAGCUGUGCUCAGGAAGUACUGCCACCUGCUGCUUCCACCUGACGUCUACACACUGAUCCACACUGAGGCCACGGUGUUGAAUCAGUCUCUGCUGGUGAAUCGUCGCAGCGCCGCCCGUCUGCUGCUGCUCCUCCAGGAGGACAACCUGCAGCAGGAGUCACUUCUCCGUCUGCGCUGGGAGGACUGUCUAAGCCGCUGGAGGAGGAGCAGAGUCACCGAGGUCAUAGACCGCUUCAGGAGUCUCUGCAGCAGUGGUAAGGAUCAGCAGCUGACCUCAGUUCAGCAGAUGAAACAAACUCAGCAAGAUCUGACAGAACAGCGUCGUGCCCUCAUCUACAGGAUCUGCUCCCUUGUCCCGCCCACCUGCUCCACUGCUCUGGUCUGGGAUUGGUUCAACCAGCUGACAGCUGUCAAUCAAAAGAUCGACAGUCUUCAUGCUGACCUCCUCCAUCAGCUCCGUUGUUGUUAUGAACAGACAUGGCAGGAUCGACUGGCUGAGGUACGACGUUGUCAGGAGGCGCUCUCAGCUCUGCAGCUGUCAGAGGAGGAGGUGAACGACGUUGUCAGCUCUCAGCUCCUCGCUCUGAUUGGACGAAGUCAGAGUCAGGAUGAAGAGCGACUGUCUGCGUUAGAUGUGUGCUGUGACUCUGUGGCCUGUCAUGCUCUCAGCCUCACCAGGUGUGUGUUUGUUGUGAUACGAGGAGCGGCGUUGCUAUGGGAGACGCACAGCAGCAGGUUAGAGAGCAGAGAAAAAGAAAUGCAGCAACACCUGGACAACCUCCAACACUCACAGCAGCGACACAUACAGAGGAAGAAGGUGCGUCUGGAUGACCUGUUGGCUGGACUCCGUCAGGAGAGCAGUGAGGACGCUCUGAAGACGUCUCUGGACAAAACUGUCCUCUACCUGCAGGACGUCAAACACAGCUGCAGACAGUGUGUCUCUGAUCAGUGGGAGGUGUUGGAGCAUCUCCCCUCUGUCUUUCUGGAGGAGCUCCUCUCCUACAGCAGCAGCCUCAGCUCCUUCUACAGACUCAGAUAUACCUACGCACCGGUAACCAUGGCAACCACUCCUCAGGCACACCCACACCUGCUGAGUCCAGAAGAACUGCAGAACCUCCACCUGUCAACCACCAACCUGGAGACCAGGGGGGAGGUUGAAAUACAGAAACCAGAGGAAAUGACAGAUAAUCAUCCUAUCAGCUUUCAGAAUGAUGUUGACCCCGCCCAGUCCUCUCAGGAUUGGCUGAAGGAGGCGGAGUACUCUCUGCUGGAUCUCUGUGACAUCAGCAGCUAUGUUAAGUUUAUAUCGUCAAGGGGCGUGACCUAUACUGGCCCCGCCUUCAGUUGCCCAGCCCCCGACCUGCCGGACAACCUGGAGCAAGAAACACACCUGAGCCUGUUUCCUGUGGAGCUGCUCACACACACACUGAGCAGGACUCGUACCCUGUUCCUGGAUCACCUGGAGCAGCAUUUCUAUGACGUCCUCAGCUCCUCCUUUGCCAUGGUAACAGACAGGAAGGAGGCGGUGUCUUUGGAGCAAGAGCUCCAACUGCAGCAGCUGGACUCCCAGCACAUCCAGACCCACAUAUACCAACCCCGCCUGGCUGAGCUGCAGCUCCACCAGCAAUAUGUGGAGGUUCACUGUGAGGAAGUGCUGGACGUGUUGACUUCCUGCAGGACGGAGCUGCAGCACCUGCAGACCUCCAUCAGCGGGAGGAACCUGGAGUUCACCGUCACUCUGUCCAACAUGGAGGAUGGCGUCCGGACGGCUCGCAGCAGCCAACGGCUAGAAGCUGUGAGCUCCUCCCUGCAGGACUGUGUGGAUCAACACGUCAAACACACCCAGAGCUGUCAGACCAGCUUCAGACAAACAGUGCAGGUCCGACUGGAGGAGGUCAGACACAGAACGACACAGCUCCUCAGCUCCUUCAGGUUGUUCAGUGAAGGAGGAGAUUUCUCUCCUCAUGAGGUGAAGGUGUUGAAGAGGAGGUUGAUGGAGGAGACCAAACACAUCAAUGUGACAGAGGAGUCCAUCUGUUCUGAGCUGGACAGGUUUGAGUCCAGGAGUCUACAGCAGGUGAAGGAGGCGUCGGGGAGGUUUGAGGAGAAACUCUCCCUCAUGAAGUCUGAGCUGACAUUCAUGGAGAAGAUCCAGAGAGUGAUCAACAGCUCCCAGGUUCACAUCAAGGCUGAGGCAGCCUUCAGUAACCAGCAGCAGAUAGUUAUCAGUAGCAGGUUGGAGGAAGUGAAGAAGAUGAUGGAGAACACACAGGUGUCUCCAGACCAGGUGUGUUCUGUCCUGUCUUCAGUCAAUGAGGCCUUGAUGAAGCGCUGUCAGUAUCUGAACUUUGGACUGGAGGGCCUCACUUUGUCAGCUCGUUCUAAGUCCAGGAAGGAGGUCCGGUCUGCCCCACCUGCUGGUCUACUGGAGCUGAGCAGGACAGGUGUGGACCUCCUCGAUGACCCUGUUGUGGGCAUCAUCAAGUCCCUGAACAGGUUCUGUGUGAUCCAGGAGGGUCCAGUAGAGACAUCAAGACCAGCUGCUGCUCAGAGUCCAGUCCACCGUCCUCAACUGAGAUCUGCUGAGUCUGUCAGUGCACUGAGGGGGGGCUGCAGGUCCAUCAGGGCCGACAGGAGGUUCCAGGUUUUUGGACCCAAACCAGAAACAGAACAGAACACACACUCCUUCAGCUCCACAGUGAACUCAGUGCUGUGGAAGACCAAUGACGUCCUGCUGUUGGCUGCAGAGGACUUUUACCGCCGCGAGUGUCUUGGCAGGUUCCAGCUGCUUCCUGAUUCUCUGGACCAAUGGGCUGACAACGUGCAGCGAAGGCUGCUGGGAUACCAGGAGCAGGCCAGGAGGCUUCUGAGCACCAGCAGAGAGGACCUGGUGGACCAGCUGUCUGUGUUGGACGACCUGCUUCAUUCGUUCCCUGCAGUGUUGAUCAGUAACUAUGAGCAACAGCAGGAGGCUGAGCUCAGAGAGGAGGUGGGCGGAGUGAGAAGGAAGCUGGAGGAGAUUCUGACAGCCAGUGAGCAGGAGAAGACUGUCAACUUGCAUCAGCUGCGAGUGUCAGUGGGGGGGGGCAAGCUGCAAACUGUGAUCAGCAGAGAGGAGGGGAGACAGGAGAGGCUGCACAGCGCCGUCUGCUGCUCACACCUAGAACUACAGGAGUGUGUGCGAGUCCGGGGGGAGGAGUUUGUGACAUUACUGGCGUCUUUGACGGAGAAGCUGCUCUGUCAGCUGGACGACCUGCUGACACCUGCAGAAACCAAGGCAGCAUCCGACCAGCACUCUGAAGACAGCAUUGUUACCAUGGAGACAGGAACUGACCCAGGACAGAGAUCCUGCACAGGAAGCAGGACCUGGUCUGGGAUUUCGUACCUCACCCCACCCACCAACAUCACUGAUGACCUGUCAUCCUCUGUUACCACAGCAACAACAGCCUCCAUCACCGCAACCAGUUGCACCCUGGGACAUCUGACUGUUAUAGAACAGAGAGACAAAGCUGUAAAGCAAUUUGAACAGCUGUUCAGGUCAGAGUUGCUACGUUCAGAUGAUGACAAACGAAACCAACUGAGGAAAAUACAGAACUGGAACACACACUGGAGACGAGAGAUACACUCUCUGAAACACACACACUGACACAUAACGGCUGCAGCUGAUUGGCUGUUUGCUGUGUAACCUGUGAUGUCACCAACUGUUCUGAUGUUUGAUAAUAAAGGACAAGAAAAGGAGUGUCCAGUAGGUGGUGUUUAUUUGUCGUUCCACUCGUCACCAGCGAGGGGAGCAGGAGGAGGAGAACAGAAGUGUGUACACGGAGCAGCGUGCUCAUUUGUGCGGUAUCACGCAGUAAGUCAUCUUCAUUCUCCCGGGUCGCUCCAUAUCCACUCUGCUCAGCUGUUUACGGAAGCCGCUGUUUUAUUUUGAAAUCACUGGCAUUGUGUGUCUCAUGGUAUAUUUACUUCCUGUCUUUGUCCUGUUUCCCUCCUGUGUGAUCGUCUGCCCUGCCCUCAAGUGUUUCACCUGUGUCUCAUGGUCAGUGUCUCUCAGUGGGACAGAGACAACAUGAGUAAACAUGUAUGAAUGUGAACUUAACAUUUACCCUAUUAGGACAAGUAUGAAACAGUUAAAGGUUAAAAGAAAGAAUUCCUUAAGAACUGUCUGUUUUGAUCAUCUCUCUUUUCAUAAAUAAGUAAUUCUGUUUGAACCACCUGACUCCAGAACCCUCUGGAAAUACUGUGACACGUAAAGAAGUCUUAAUAUGGGAGAUAGAUAUACAACCUUUAUGUUUUACUAUACUAAACUAACUUUUCAUGACUUAUGCCUUAAUUAAAUUAAACAUUUUAUGCCUGACUUUUUUUGUUUGUUUUUAUGAAAUUUUUGAUGCCUUACUGUCCCCUGACAUUUUUGUGACUUUUUCGAAGCCUUACUAUAUUAUGAGAUUUUUAUGGCGUUUUUGUAUCUUUAAUCCCUUUCUAUUCUAUAAUGUUUUUUCUACCUUACUAUACUAUUACUUUUUUAUGACAUUUUUAUGAUGAUUUUAUGAAAUCUUUGAUCCCGUACUAUUUUAUGACUUUUUAUGCCUCAUUAUACUAUAACUUAAUUUGGCUUACUAUGCUUUGACUUUUUAUGGCUAUGUCGUUUUUAUUACUUUUUAUUCCUACAAGUUAAGUUGAUAAAUAAUUUCAAUAAGUUAAAGAUUAUAAGAGUUUAAAAAAGUGGGUUUCAUAAGUUAAAAGGUUAAAAACCAUCGAUUAAUCUGUAUUAGCUCAUGUUCUGUGCUGCCACCUGCUGGUCACAGAUUAGACUGUUGACGGACACUGCUCGAUGCUUGUAUCUGUUGGAGGUUUCUCUGUCACGCUUCUGCCUUGGAAAUCAUGUGUCUUUGAGUAGUAUAUGUAGAUUACUGCUAUAUUCUUAAAGUAUUUACAUAUUGAAGAGUUUUAUCGGGUUAGCUAAACAUGUGCUCUGCUAAUUUGCAGCAGCUAGCUCUGUUGACAAUUGGCUUGUGGGUUGUAGCUAUUGUGGUAGUUAAGCUAUUUUCCACACAGUACAGUGCCUGUUUUGACAUUGUUAAAGCGUGUGUGUAUAAUAUGUAAUUUCUACAUGUGCAUGGAACAUUUUGUGUACUGAUUUAUGUUUUAUCUCUGUAAUGUUUCAGUUUUACAAACAAAGCAAAUGUGGAAAAGAGUUUUCAGUAAAAAAACAAGAAAAGUCAA